UUAAACUUAAUUAGGCUUUAGAUGACCCGUCAUAGACUCAAGAAUACACACAUGUUUGUUUGGCAAUGAAGAACAAGGAAAUUCAGUCGGGAGACUACAAAAAACUAAACACUUCGUUUACGAAACUUUUGAUAAACAAGUGCAAAGACACGUUCGAGUCUAUGUUCGACCGAAAACGUAUUGUGGCCAAUGAGUGGAAAGAAAUUGAAUCUUGCAAAAAUAAAGAAACUAAACACAAACUUCAAUUGAAGUCUGAUAAAAAUGAAACAGUUCAUAAACAACUUUCAGUGGCAAUUUGCAGAUUCAUCUGCGAACUUCUUAAAGUGAACAUUUUGGUACCAUCAAUAUUAGAAAUGUGUUCGGUGAGACUAAUAGGUAGUCCAAAAGAAUUAUCUGUUGAAUGCGUAUGUGUCAUACCGCAACACGCCGGGAGUACAGUAAAUCAUAGUGGCGUGUUGGAGAAGCUGCAGGAGUACUCGACUGCGCAAAAUGUGAAAUUCUCCCCGGGCUUAUGGUCAAUGAUCCUAGGCACGCUUGAGUUGAUCAAUCCCGAAUCUACCUGUGAUGAGCCACGUUUGACGGACGAGACGAAAGUAGUGACUUCAUUUAUAGAGGCGUCUAUUAAACGCAUCAAGUUGCCGUCAUCAGAUCUGUCUGUGGCCCAAAAAAAGCGUGUGUCCGGAGAAUAAUACACAAACCGAAUACGAACCGGACGAGAAGUUAGAAGUUUUACCUAGUUUUAGUUUACCUGAUUGUUUGUUUCUACGCAAGUCUUAAAACUCAAUUUAUGGUUUAGAAACAAAUUGCGUUAUGUUACCUAUGCCUUCUCUCAUAAUUACGCUACU